GGCAUGUCAAAGGUCGCCAGCAAACCACCAGAAGCUAGGAGCGAGGCAUGGAACAGAUGCUCCCUCACAGCCUCCAGAAGGAACCAGCCCUGUGGACGUCUUGAUCUCAGACUGCUAGCCUCCAGAAUUGUCCAACGCCCAUUUUUGGAGACUAUUUCAGGAGUCAGGAAUUGCAUCUGAGUUCACUCUCACUUGUCAAAGAACUAAGACAGUUUUCUGGUUUGGCUACUUGGAGGCUGCUUCUCCUUUACUUGGAAGACUUCACUAGUGAUGGACAGCAAAGGUGACCUCCCCUCCAUUCUGGAUGUGCACGUAAACAUUAAUGGAAGAAGCUCCGUGUCUGAAAAAGUGAAAGGCAGAAAGCCCAGAUGGUCUGUGAGGCCCUCGGACAUGGCCAACAGAACUUACAAUCCCAUCCGGGCCAUAGUGGACAGCAUGAAGAUGGAGCCAAACCCAGACAAAACCACGAUUCCCCUGUCCAUUGGGGACCCUACUCUGUGUGGAAACCUGCCUACAGACCCAGAAAUUAUCAAAGCAUUGAAAGAUGCCCUGGACUCGGGGAAGUAUAAUGGCUACGCCCCCAGUAUUGGUUACCUAUCCAGUCGGGAAGAGAUUGCUUCUUAUUACCACCGUCCCGAGGCACCUCUGGAAGCUAAGGAUGUUAUUCUGACAAGUGGCUGCAGUCAGGCUAUUGAACUUUGUUUAGCUGUGUUGGCCAACCCAGGGCAAAACAUCCUAGCCCCGAGACCCGGUUUCUCGCUCUACAGGACUUUGGCUGAAUCUAUGGGGAUUGAGAUCAAACUCUACAAUUUAUUGCCAGAGAAAUCUUGGGAAGUUGACCUGACACAAUUGGAAUCACUGAUUGACGAAAAGACAGCUUGUCUCAUUGUCAACAAUCCAUCAAACCCCUGUGGGUCAGUGUUCAGUAAAAGUCACCUCCAGGAUAUUCUGGCUGUGGCUGCAAGGCAGUGUGUCCCCAUCUUAGCCGAUGAGAUCUAUGGAGACAUGGUGUUUUCAGAUACCAAAUUUGAGCCUAUAGCUACUCUCAGCCACAACGUCCCCAUCCUGUCCUGUGGAGGGCUGGCCAAGCGCUGGCUGGUUCCUGGCUGGAGGUUGGGCUGGAUCCUCAUCCAUGACCGAGGAGACAUUUUUGGCAAUGAGAUCCAAAAUGGGCUGGUGAAGCUGAGUCAGCGGAUCAUGGGACCCUGCACCCUUGUCCAGGGAGCUCUGAAAAGCAUUCUGCGUCGCACCCCUCAAGAGUUCUACCGCAACACUUUAAGCGUCCUCAAGUCCAGUGCUGAUCUGUGCUAUGAGGCAUUGUCUGCCAUCCCUGGACUCCGGCCGGUCCGCCCUUCUGGGGCCAUGUACCUUAUGGUUGAAAUUGAGAUGGAACAUUUCCCAGAAUUUGAGAAUGAUGUGGAGUUCACGGAGCAGUUAUUUGUUGAGCAAUCUGUCCUCUGCCUCCCAGCAAUAUGCUUUGAGUACCCUAAUUUCUUCCGAGUGGUAAUCGCAGUCCCCAAAGUGAUGAUACUGGAGGCCUGCAGCCGGAUCCAGGAGUUCUGUGAGCAGCACUACCAUCAUGCUGAAGGCAUCCAGGAGGAGUGUGACAAAUAGGCCUGAGUCUAUGCUCCCGAGUAUGUUGUAUCCAGGAAGGGCUGCACUGGGCUCUGCUGUUCCUCAGGGCUUCAGGUGCCCCUACUGGGAGAGGGGUCUCAAAAACACAUCGAGGUUCAGAAUUGCCCCUGCCUACCCCCAGAUAUAUCCAUAUACACACUCUGAAUCCCAGAUUCGCCUCUCCCUCUGCUCUGCUGGAGUGACUUACUCAUUCAUUAAUUUGCCACCCACGACUGUUUUUCUCAGUAAUGGGCUUCGGUUUUGUUUCAUUCUCCAGCUUCUCUCCCCAGUCCGCACCCUGUUGCGAUUCUCUUCCUCCUUUGUGCCUUAUUUGAGCCACAUCCAGCGGGAGGCUUCCAGGAAAUCGACAAAUCAUCCCUAGGUAUUUGUAAACACCUGUUAACCUUUUCCCAGCUCUGGGGCAGUCCUGUCGAAUCCAAUGACUUGUGAAACAGAAGCAGAAAUUCCUAGUAACUGUUGUCAAUUUCCGAAAGUAUGAUCCCUGGAACUUUUCCCCAAAGAAUCGUGUCUUUCAUGUUCUCAGGUACCUGGCAUAUAUGUUCAACUGUCUCUCAGCAAGAAAAGGCUAUGCUGCACACACUAGGCAUAUACAUUACUACACAGGAGAAGCCUAUAUUUUAAGUACCUUACAGGUUGAAUUAUCGAAUCUGUUGGUGGACUAAAUUCCUGGUACAUCUUAUUUAUACUCUUAUUUAUUUAAAAAUUUAGGUGUAUUAACAAACAAGUUUAUUUAAAAAUUUAGGUGUAUUAACAAACAAGUUUAUUUAUUUAAAAAUUUAGGUGUAUUAACAAACAAGUUUCCUAUACCACCUAUACCAGUAUCAUGGCAUCUGCAAAUCCAGAUGUUCCCUAUGGGUCAAAUUGUACAGCACCUUCCAAAGAAGCAGCCACUCUGACAGUCAGUUGAGAAAUGUUACAUAGGAGGUGGUGCCAGUCUGCAAAAACAAUCAGAAGUAGCAAGCGUGUCUUAAUUUUUGUUAAUGUUUCAAGCAUGUCUCUCUUGAAACAUCUACUUACUGAUAACUGAAAUUCAAAGUGUAUUACAAAAUUCAAAGUACAUUAUGCUGUAUUAAAAAAUAAAGCUACUGGGAGUUUUUGCUUUGGCAGUGCAUAUACUAAAAUUGGAACAAUACACAGAAGUUGAACAUGGUACUAACAAUCCACAUUCAACAGCUUAUAAAAAGAUUAAGCAUAUUAAAAAGAUUUUUUUCCUGGAAUGCAAGAAUGGUUCAACAUAUGAAACAUCAAUUAAUGUGGUAUCCCACAAUAAUAGUAUGAAUGACAAAAACAAUAUGAUCAUCUCAAGAAAAAAAAGUUGUUUUUUUUUAUCUGUGUGAGAUGAUGGAUGUUAACUAAACUUAUUGUGGUAAUUAUUUCACAGCGUAUGUAAGUCAAGUCCUUAUGCUGUACACCGUAUGCAUGUCAAUUAUAUCUCAAUUAAACUGGAAAAAAUUUAAGCUAUGAAAAUGUAAACUUUA